CCAGUAUCAAUCUGGCUUCUGCGACAGUCCACAAGGGUCAGCCCAGGAGUUACGACCAUAAACAGUGCUCGCUGUCUAUGCUAUUGCUUAUCUGUGAAAAUGGCAGUCAAAAUUCUGUUAGUAAUUUUCGUGGCUAGCUUCGCCGGCGCUUAUGGUGAAGACGUUUCGAACUACGAACAAAGCAGGAACCAGAUUGGCAGCGCCAGUAACAACAACGGUUUCGGACUAAGCGAACUACUGUACUAUUUAUUAGGAGGCUACGGGAAUUACUACCCAGGGCAGUAUCCAGGACAGUACCCAGUCGGGCCCGGGGGCUACGGGGGCAAUUACCCGGGAGGAUACCCAGGCUCAGGGGGAUAUUACCCAAAUCCAGGACCGGCGGGGCCUCCAGGGGCCCACCCUGGUUGCCCGCUCUGCGAUUCGUCUGUGUACAGUUACUGCUCGAAAAAACAGGCCCAUGAUGCGUGCUGCUGCAAUUCUGGUGUGUUUGGUUACGGCUGCCAGAAGUUGAACUGCAACUUCCUCUACGCGAACUCCUGCCAGGAACACCACCUGAUAACCAACUGCUGCUGUGUGGAUCUCUACAAGGGAGGCGCGAAUGGAGUCGCCGGCGCGCAGCCUGUAGCGUAGUUCCUUGCUCUACCUUCUUCGACUACUAUAUAUUAGUCAGGGUCGAAUUUAGGGAAGGCAUGGGGCAACGGAGGCCUUCACAAGGGUUCCAGCAUAGAUAAAAUUAAUAAUUUCUUUUAUCUAUGGUUCCAAAUUUUUUUUUUCUUUUACCGACAAUACUUUAACAAAUGGCAAUAUUAUUUCUUAGCUAUGUUUUAAAAUUGUUAAGCGCUUUUAUUGGUGAAAUAAUUUAGGGGCUAGCCAUUGGCUUGUGCUUUUUCGUUGCCCUAAAAUUAGAUCUAGAACGUCCAACCUUUAAAUCCUGCCCUGAGAUUAGUAUUCUCUUGCUAGAAGCACUAUCUGAUCUUUAUCAAGAGACAUGAAACGGAUUCUCCGAACUUCAGCCAAUUAAUAGCAUACCUAUUCCUUUUCAUUCCUAAAGGCCCGAUCCAGCACGAUUGUACGGAAUUUUAACGCACAUGUACACGUGUUUAUGCCACGUAUGCAAUCGUGCUGCGUGCUAGCCGCAUAAGGAUUUGGUGUGCACAUUGUGCACACCUAUGCACAAACCCUAAUCUUAGGUUACUCUUGCCACAAUUUUUUUGAUAUUUAUAUUCAUGAUGAACUCCGGAAAAUUGCACAUUACAAUUAGUCCAGUUUUCUGUCAGUGUGGAAGUUUUAAGAGAUUUCACUUAAUUUUGUGCUUAAUUCCAGGUGCGUACAACUAAGUAUAAUAAGUUAAUUUUAGUCAAAGUACUUUAUAAGAAUGAAAAUAAAUCAUACCCAUAAAAUGUGUUAUUUUGAAGGGGGCGUACAUCUCUUCUCAUUCUCACCUGCUUUAGAUAGCUAUUUGAUGUCGUCUGCUCUGUAUUGUAACUUAAUUGUUAAGUAUCGUUGGGGCUCAUCCUGAGUGCUCCAUUAGGUUUGCUUAGCUUAAUAAUAAAGCAUUGCCAUCGGAACUGAAGGCACAUAAAAAAAUAAAUGCCCGUACUGAAAUUCCUUCGUAAAAAAGAAUAUGGAAUAAAACAUUUAAAUUGUC